AUGGCGGAAGCUCUCUCGGUGAUGCCUGCGGCCGUCCUCCGUAACCUCGCCGAUAAACUCUAUGAGAAACGCAAGAAUGCUGCUCUCGAGGUUGAGGGGAUUGUGAAGCAGCUUGCUUCUGCCGGUGAUCAUGAUAAGAUAACCUCUGUGAUUACUUUGUUGACUACGGAAUUUACUUAUUCACCCCAAGCAAAUCAUCGCAAGGGAGGGUUGAUAAGCUUAGCUGCUGCUACGGUUGGGUUGACUAAUGAUGCUGCUCAUCAUCUUGAGCAAAUUGUGCCUCCUGUGUUAAAUUCUUUCUCGGAUCAAGAUAGCAGAGUUCGAUAUUAUGCCUGUGAGGCACUGUAUAACAUUGCCAAGGUUGUGAGGGGAGAUUUUAUUGUAUUCUUCAACCAGAUCUUUGAUGCCUUAUGCAAGCUUUCUGCAGAUUCAGAUGCCAAUGUACAAAGUGCUGCACAUCUCUUGGAUCGACUCGUAAAGGAUAUUGUGACCGAAAGUGAUCAGUUCAGUAUUGAAGAAUUUAUACCAUUAUUGAGGGAGCGCAUGAAUGUACUGAAUCCAUAUGUCCGCCAGUUUUUAGUAGGAUGGAUUACUGUAUUGGACAGUGUACCAGAUAUUGAUAUGCUGGGUUUUCUUCCUGAUUUUCUUGAUGGUUUGUUUAAUAUGUUGAGCGAUUCAAGUCAUGAAAUACGUCAACAAGCUGAUUCAGCUCUUUCUGAGUUUCUUCAAGAGAUAAAGAACUCUCCAUCUGUAGAUUAUGGCCGAAUGGCUGAAAUACUGGUACAAAGAGCUGGUUCUCCAGAUGAAUUUACUAGGUUAACAGCUAUCACAUGGAUAAAUGAGUUUGUCAAACUUGGUGGAGACCAGCUUGUUCCAUAUUACGCUGACAUUCUUGGAGCCAUUUUACCUUGCAUAUCCGAUAAAGAAGAGAAAAUUAGAGUGGUUGCCCGGGAAACCAAUGAAGAGCUACGAGCAAUCAAUGCUAAUCCAGCUGAAGCAUUUGAUGUAGGAGCAAUCCUCUCCAUUGCAAGGAGGCAACUAUCUAAUGAAUGGGAGGCUACUCGAAUUGAAGCUUUGCACUGGAUAUUGAUACUCCUAAACAGACAUCGUAUUGAGGUUUUGAUAUACCUGAAUGACAUAUUUGACACUCUACUCAAAGCACUUUCAGAUCCAUCUGAUGAGGUUGUUCUUUUAGUUCUUGAUGUUCAUGCAUGCAUUGCAAAAGACCCUCAGCACUUCCGACAUCUUGUCGUUUUCCUUGUGCACAGUUUCAGGCUAGAUCAUUCUCUUUUGGAGAAGCGUGGUGCUCUUAUAAUUCGCCGGCUUUGUGUGCUUUUGAAUGCUGAGAGAGUCUACCGUGAACUUUCAACGAUAUUAGAAGGAGAAUCAGAUUUGGAUUUUGCAUCAAUUAUGAUUCAGGCAUUGAAUUUGAUCUUACUUACAUCAUCAGAAUUGUCUGAGAUUCGAGAUCUUUUGAAGAAAUCACUGGUAAAUCCUGCUGGGAAGGACUUGUAUGUUUCUUUGUAUGCCUCUUGGUGUCAUUCUCCAAUGGCAAUUAUAAGUCUCUGCUUCUUAGCUCAGACUUACCGACAUGCAAGUACUGUGAUUCAAUCUCUGAUAGAGGAGGAUAUAAAUGUCAAGUUUUUGGUCCAACUGGAUAAAUUGAUUCGCUUGCUGGAAACUCCAAUCUUUGCUUAUCUUAGAUUGCAGCUUCUUGAUCCUGGAAGAUAUUUAUGGUUAUUCAAAGCAUUGUAUGGUCUUCUGAUGUUGCUUCCUCAGCAAAGUGCAGCCUUUAAGAUACUAAAAACUCGUUUAAAAGCUGUGCCGUCAUAUUCUUUCAAUCGCGAGCAAUUGAAUAGAAUGCCUUCUGGGGAUUACUACGAAUUUCUUCCUCAGAUGCCUGAUGAACAUGAAAAAAAAGAUGGUGAUGUAACUGUAGACGGUGGGAGCUCAUAUAGUAGAUUAAACUUUACUGAAAGGUUAAAUGAGUUUCAGGAAAUGCAGAAGAAACAUCGGGUUCACACUAAAUCACAAAGAACGUCACGCAGUUUAUCGACUUCAUUACCAAAGGAGGCACAAAAAGAGGAAGAGCCACAGAGACAUCAGUCUAUUGAUCUUAAUGUUCCUCCUUCAAGAUCAAGGAGAAAUUCAGCGCAACUACAACGAUGA